UAGAUGGCAGCAGGCUAUUCACAAAUGGCAUUAAGCCACGACAUUUAUAAAGGUCUUCGUAGAAUAUGUGUGUGCAGAUGGUUUAAAAGUUCUGUCUAGAUAAUUUGGAAUCAUUUCAGCCCUGAUUAGAUAUGUUUUAACUGUUCAUUAACUUGAAACUCGCAGUUCAGCAUGAAACCUCUUCCAAAUGGUGAAGAAUGGGUGGGUAAAAGUUCCCGUUUUAGUAAUUCUUCGUUGGGAUCACAUCUUCAAAAAUAUCUCUACUUAUCAGUGCAAGAGUGCAGAGCGAUCUGCCACUUCAGUGUUUUGUAAUUUUCACCUGGAAGGCAUCUGCUCAGUGCCCUAUUCUCGACAGGGAAGGUGGGUUGUGCGUCUUUAAGAAGCCCAGACACGGCACCGUCUUCACCUUGGCUUGGUCUACAGUGUAGGAGGUAACUUUCUCUGAGUAGACCGUGGCGGCGUGAGCCCAACCAGGGAAAAAGAAGUUGGGCAUCUACUUCGGAGCAUCACAUUAUCGUCGUGACCGAACACAUCUUGUCCUAUGUUUCAGGUUAGUGUGUGUUGUGAGGAUGCCUUUGCGUGUCUUCCUCCUGACCUUCCUCCUCCUCAUCUUGUCCUGGGUGACACCAAGCACCACCUGCAACAAGGCCCUGUGUGCUAGUGAUGUUAGCAAGUGCCUCAUUCAGGAGCUGUGUGGCUGUCAGCUGUCAGAGGGGAACUGCUCCUGCUGUAAGGAGUGCAUGCUCUGCCUCGGCCCACUGUGGGAGGAGUGCUGUGACUGCGUUGGGAUGUGUAACCCCAAGACCUACACCGACACCCCACCGACCUCCAAGAGCACGGUAGAGGAGCUCCAUCGACCAAUCCCAUCACUGUUCCGAGCCUUGACACAGGGUGAUGCCCCUGUCAACAUGAUGGUGGUGUCCUUCCCUGUCGCUGAGGAGCUCUCCCACCAUGAGAACCUGGUCUCCUUCCUGGAGACACUUGACAACCAGCACCAGAAUGUUUCGUUGCCCAGCAACAGCCACCAUUCCAGCUAUGACAAAGCUCCAGAGCCAGAUAACCUGUGUACUGUGGUGUUCUUUGACGACUGCCUGUCCGUCCACCAGUGCAAGCAGUACUGCGAAUCCAUGGGCGGAUCCAAGUACCGUUGGUUCCACAACGCCUGCUGCGAGUGCGUCGGGCCUGAGUGCCUGGACUACGGCAGCAGAACAGCCCGUUGUGUCAACUGCAUGUUCUGAUGGUUCUAACCCGGCAGAACGAACCAGCCCAGCCUCACAGCAGAUAUGCACCCUAACUUACAUGUGAAGUCAGUUGCAUUUUGUUGCCAUGUAUUGUAAUCACAAGAAAUCUUGAUCAAACGAGGGUGCAUUUAACUCUAUGGAUUAAACAUUUGUUUCCAGUCCAGUUUUAAGUGAUUUUAGUUUAAUACACAAGAAUGCACUCCAGUGUAUGAAAUUACUUCACUAUACUAACUUUUGCAUACAGCUGAUGAAGGUAUAGGAAACUUUAUAAUCACAACAUAAGUGCUGCUCUACAAAUGUUCAUCUACGGGAUUUUGUAGCUAAUUGUAUUUGCAUUGAUAUAAGAUCAAGUGGUCUUAUGACUACAUACUCAUGUCGAGCUAGAAGGUUUAUGAACUCCUUGUGAGCCCUUAUAUCAUAUUUUCUGAAAUCUCUUAGGGUUUCACAAAAUGUUAUAGCACUUGUUAUAGCCAUGACCGUAAACUGAGAACACGUUCAGCUCUUGACUGUAAAAGCCUGCUGUAACUUUGUGAUUUUGUUCAUUGGUAAGAGAAAUUGUAAUAGUAUUUUACCAUGUGUUCUUUGGUUGUCAUUUCAUAUGCAUUUUAUUAUACAUUAUAUUUGCGAGGUGCAUGCAUAUUGUUAAUGAUGUCAUUGAUUGAUUGAGUUUAAUGAGUUUGGGUGUCUGGUCUGGUGCAUGUGUGUAUGUGUCCAGUCCAACUUUUGUGUCCUUUUGUUUUUCAACUGAUUCAUUAAACUCGUACAGACUUUCAAAA